AUGACAUAUCCGACGAAAAUAUCUUGGCAAUUUUUGCUAUUUGCCUCGAUGGUAUCGUCCUCUUUCUCUGCUCCACUAAAUCCAUCCUCCAGUACCGGCUCGUUGGUCACCACCGCAGGCGAUUGCUACGACUACAAUAUUCCAGUGACUACCAAGAUCAAUGCAGUCAAUUGGCUCCUUCCAGAGUUGUCCGAUAACUUCGCAGUGGCCGGAUUCUUUGCUGAUCUAAUCGCUCGUGAUUCCAGCACUGCAUUCCACCCCGUCUCUGCACCGCAGAAUACUACCAGUUUUGCAAAUUUUAGCAUCAGCGCCACGUUCUGCUCGCCCAAGAUCAACAGCGGCCAUGAUAAAACGGUUCUCCUUGCUUCGCAUGGACUUGGAUUUGAUUCGAGGUACUGGACUUCCCAAGCGAAUCCGUCCGCUUACAAUUUCGUCGAUUUCGCUCUUUCAAGGGGAUACUCGACCUUCGUUUACGACAGGAUAGGAACUGGAAAAUCUACAAAGGUGUCCGGAUAUGGCGAAAGUCAAUUUUCCUACCAAUUAGCCGUCCUUGCAUCUCUCACGAGCUCCUUGAGGCAAGGCAACUAUACCGGAACUAUUGGAGAACCCUCAAAGAUCGUCCACGUUGGUCAUUCUUAUGGAUCUAUCCUCUCGCAUGCUCUCGUCGCCGAAGACCCUACAAUCUCUGACGGAGUUCUCUUGACUGGUAUUGCGUAUAACGCCUCCACCACCGACUUUGCGGCUUUCGUCGAAGCAUCUCGACUUAACAUUGCCAACACUGUAGAGCCACAAAAGUAUCCAGGUCUUGACAGUGGAUAUCUGGAACCUGCAGAUGUUCUUGGCCUUGCCGCAGCAUUUUUCCACGAAGGAAACUACGACAAGGAGAUCUUAUGGUACGCUGACGAGAUUGCUCAGCCUCUGUCAGUCAUCGAGUUUGUUACUGGCUCUCCAUUAAUGCUAACGAAGCCAAUUGCAUAUACUGGACCUGCAAGUCUCCCAGCAAACCUCCUGUGCGAUUGUAAUGGAAUCCUCCAGCAUCCCGCUCAAGAAAUCUUUGCAAAUGCUAGCGCCUUUGAGGCUGCUGUGCAUCCAGGGUCUGGUCAUGGUAUCAACUUUAACUAUAACGCCACGGGUGCUUAUGGUGCUAUGCUGGAUUUCGCGAAGAAGAAUGGAUUAUAG